AUGCCACCCAAGAAGCGCGGUCCACCCGUCAUCGACCUCGUUAGUAGCGACAGCGACGACAAUGUCGCCUCGCGACCGAUCAAGAGAGCGGCUGGCAACCGCCUGGUAACCCUGAGCGGCCAGACGGGCGCUCAAAUUGUCGGGAAUCCACGAUCAAACACCCAGCCAGCUGUCAGCUUUGGUGUUAUACCUGGCCCUUCGUCUCAACCUCAUACAUACUAUGACACAGAUGAGGAGCUGAUUGACUUGACUCAAGCUCCGGACGGUCCACCACGAGAGCUAUACGGAACUCUCGGUAUUGAGCCUCUGCUUAUGUUUGCCUUUCUAUUCUAA